UCACAAUAAUAUAUCCUUUAAGCCUCACACUUCUAGCUACCUACUCUCGAUCACUUAGCCGGGUUAAAGUUAAUUCGUCGCCCAGAAAAUCAAGCAAAAGUCCGAUCAUGCCUGCCAUGGCCUUUGCCGAAUCCGGUGGCGGCGGUAAGGACUCCCCGGCCAAGCUUACAUCGCAGGUCAUUGUUUGUACCAUUAUUGCAGCCUUCGGUGGCCUCAUGUUUGGCUACGAUAUUGGCAUUUCCGGAGGAGUGACUUCCAUGGAUGAUUUCUUGAUAAAGUUCUUUCCUGCUGUCUACCAUACGAAGCACGAAGCCAAAGAAAACAACUACUGCAAAUACAACAACCAGUAUCUCCAGCUCUUUACGUCUUCACUGUAUCUCGCAGCCAUUGUGGCUUCCUUUUUUGCCUCUAUUUCAUGCAAGAAGUUUGGUCGAAAGCCGACAAUUCAAGCCGCGUCUUUAUUCUUCGUUACUGGAGCCAUGUUGAACACUGUUGCCAAGAACAUCGAAAUGCUUAUCAUAGGAAGGUUGUUACUUGGCGCUGGCGUUGGAUUUGGUAACCAGGCAGUACCAUUGUUUAUAUCAGAAAUCGCUCCGGCCAGGUACCGGGGAGGCCUGAAUAUCUGCUUUCAGUUUCUGGUCACGGUGGGCAUUUUGUGCGCAAAUGUGAUUAACUACGGCACUUCGCGCAUGCACCCACGUGGGUGGAGGGUGUCACUGGGUGGCGCUGCAGUACCUGCCAUAAUUCUUCUCAUCGGAUCCCUCAUCAUCGUGGAGACACCGACCAGCCUCAUAGAGCGUGGGAAGAAAGACGAAGGCCUGCGCACUCUCAAGAAGAUAAGGGGCGUGGACAAUGUCGAGAAAGAGUUUGAAGAGCUUUUGCAUGCCACAGAAUUGGCUAAACAAGCCAAGAACUCCUUCAGAAAUCUCAUGAAACGCUCUAGCAGGCCUCAGCUUGUAUGCGGCACGAUUUUUCAAGUCUUUCAGCAGCUCACUGGCAUCAAUGUGAUCAUGUUUUAUGCACCGGUUCUGUUUCAAACUAUGGGGUUCGGGGGCGAUGCGUCUCUGUUAUCAGCUGUUGUUACUGGUUUGGUUAAUGUAGUAUCAACACUAGUUGCAAUUUUCACAGUUGAUAAGUUUGGAAGAAAGAAGCUGCUUAUCGAAGGUGCUGUUCAAAUGCUCAUAGCCCAGUCUAUAAUGGGGGCAAUACUUAAGGUGCAUUUGAAGUCUACAAACGUUAUGCCAAAUAGCUAUGCAUUGUUUGUGGUGGUCCUGGUUUGCCUUUUCGUGUCUAGUUUUGCGUGGUCAUGGGGCCCUUUGGGCUGGUUGAUACCUAGUGAAAUUUUCCCCCUGGAGACUCGAAGUGCUGGAUUUUUCUUUGCUGUUAGCAUGAACAUGUUUUUCACCUUCGUCGUUGCUCAAUCAUUCCUCACACUGCUAUGUCAGAUGAAAUCCACUAUCUUCUUCUUCUUUGCUGCAUGGAUUUUUGUAAUGGGUGCAUUCGGCAUCUUCAUACUGCCCGAAACAAAGGGAAUUCAUAUUGAUGAAAUGAACGAAAGAGUAUGGAAGAAGCAUUGGUUCUGGAAGAGGUACUUUGAUGAUGGCGACAAUGAUAAGGGAGACCAGGAUAUCAAAGCUGAUCAACCGGAGAAACAGUAGCUUGAUCAAGAAUUUAGUUGUUUUUGAAAUUUGGUUCAUCCAUGUUAGAACAGAUUCUGGUAUGGUAGUUAAUGAACGAAAGAGGCUUCCUCCAAUAUCCUGUAAAGAGAAAAACUUCGUCGGGGGAAUCCGACAAUCCCACUCCGAUACUUUUGUCAGUAUUAUCUCAAGUGUAUAUUACUCUUAA